AUGUGCUGCACACAGGCCGCCCCAGGAUUCAGUUCGCACGAUAUUCGACAUAUCGAAGACCCCGCCGUUCCAAAAGCACAUUUUUCAUCUUCGACAAACUUUAAAUCUUCACGCAAGAAAAACUUAGAAGUUGUCAAUCGGUACACUUUGAUGUCUCUUUACCGAAAACCCACUGACAUUAAAAAAAAUCACCUCAAUAUUGAAUGCAGUGAAGGAAUACACCAUCUGAUCAUGUCGUUGAAUAAUGAUUCUUACAUAAAUUUCGCGAAAUGCAUUCAUCCGAAUACCAAUCUUAUUUAUACGUAA